CAGGCGCCCAGUGACAGGCAGACCGAGGCCUGGUGUGAAAUUCUCAUUGUAAGAGACCGCGGCCGCCCGCUCGCUCGCUGCCUUCCGCCCGAUUCUCUUGGCUGAGGCGGUAGAUUGUAACCCGAGAAGAUGCCCGCGGUGUCUAAAGGCGAUGGGAUGAGGGGGCUGGCGGUGUUUAUCUCUGACAUUAGGAACUGUAAAAGUAAAGAAGCUGAAAUUAAACGCAUUAACAAGGAACUGGCUAACAUCCGAUCAAAGUUCAAAGGAGAUAAGGCACUGGAUGGUUACAGUAAGAAAAAGUAUGUCUGCAAGCUGCUCUUCAUCUUCCUGCUCGGCCAUGACAUUGAUUUUGGCCACAUGGAGGCUGUCAAUCUGCUCAGUUCUAAUAAAUACACCGAGAAGCAGAUUGGUUACCUUUUCAUCUCUGUGCUGGUAAAUUCCAACAGUGAGCUGAUCCGUCUGAUUAACAAUGCCAUCAAGAACGACUUGGCCAGCCGUAACCCUAUCUUCAUGUGCCUCGCUCUGCACUGCAUUGCAAAUGUCGGCAGCAGAGAAAUGGCCGAGGCAUUCGCUUCUGAGAUUCCCAAAAUCCUGGUAGCUGGUGAUACAAUGGAUAGUGUGAAACAGAGCGCUGCCUUGUGUCUGCUGCGUCUCUACAAGACUUCCCCGGAUUUGGUACCCAUGGGAGAGUGGACAUCCCGAGUUGUGCACUUACUGAAUGAUCAGCAUCUGGGUGUAGUGACAGCUGCUACCAGUCUUAUCACUUGUCUGAGCAAGAAGAACCCAGAUGAAUUCAAGACGUGUGUCUCGUUGGCUGUUUCCAGGCUGAGCCGGAUUGUGUCCUCAGCCUCCACAGACCUGCAGGAUUACACGUAUUACUUUGUUCCAGCGCCCUGGCUUUCCGUCAAACUGCUGCGGCUCCUGCAGUGCUAUCCUCCACCUGAGGACACUGCUGUGAAAGGUCGCCUGAUUGAAUGUAUGGAAACUAUUCUGAACAAAGCUCAAGAGCCACCUAAAUCCAAGAAGGUACAACACUCCAAUGCUAAGAAUGCAAUUCUUUUCGAAGCAAUCAGCCUUAUUAUACAUUAUGACAGCGAACCUAACCUGUUGGUGCGUGCGUGUAACCAGCUUGGCCAAUUCCUGCAACACCGCGAGACUAACCUCCGGUACCUAGCCCUGGAAAGCAUGUGUCUGCUGGCAGGCUCUGAAUUCUCCCACGAGGCUGUCAAAACCCACAUUGAAACAGUCAUCAACGCACUGAAGACUGAGCGGGAUGUGAGUGUGCGCCAGCGAGCUGCAGACCUUCUUUAUGCCAUGUGUGAUCGAACAAACGCACCACAGAUUGUGGCUGAAAUGUUAAGCUACCUGGAGACUGCUGACUAUUCCAUUCGAGAAGAAAUUGUGUUGAAGGUGGCAAUCCUAGCAGAAAAGUACGCCGUGGAUUACACAUGGUACGUCGACACCAUCCUGAACCUCAUCCGCAUUGCAGGGGACUAUGUCAGCGAGGAGGUGUGGUACCGAGUUAUUCAGAUUGUUAUUAACCGUGACGACGUCCAAGGCUAUGCCGCAAAGACUGUGUUUGAGGCACUCCAGGCCCCAGCCUGUCAUGAGAACAUGGUGAAAGUUGGUGGAUAUAUUCUAGGAGAAUUUGGAAAUCUGAUUGCUGGUGAUCCACGAUCCAGCCCCUUGGUUCAGUUCAACUUGCUUCAUUCCAAGUUCCACUUGUGCAGUGUGCCAACUCGUGCCCUUCUGCUCUCCUCGUACAUCAAGUUUGUCAACCUCUUCCCCGAGACCAAGGCCACCAUCCAGGAUGUGCUGCGCAGUGACAGCCAGCUCCGGAACUCUGACGUGGAGCUACAGCAGCGGGCUGUGGAGUACCUGAAGCUCAGCUCCAUUGCCAGCACUGAUGUUCUGGCCACCGUCCUGGAAGAAAUGCCUCCAUUCCCCGAGCGGGAAUCCUCCAUCCUUGCCAAGCUGAAGAAGAAGAAGGGACCAGGCACCAUGACUGACUUGGAAGAAGGGAAGAAGGAACAAACAGAGGUGAACGGUGGUGUCGAACCUGUUGUGAAUGCCAGCACAGUGUCCACGCCUUCCCCUUCUGCUGACUUGCUUGGCUUGAAGAGUGCUCCUGCUGGUGGAGGCAGUCUGCUGGUGGAUGUAUUUUCCGAUACUGUGCCCACCACUGGGACUCUGGCACCAGGAGCUGAGGACAAUUUCUCCCGAAGCCUGGAUCUGCCGGGUGAGAGCCCUGCCUCGUUGGUGGAUGCAGCCCUCUGUGCAGAUGCUGUCGCGACUGUGCCUACUGCUGGCUCUGAGGAUGCUUCUUUGCCUGUGCCUGAUGCUGACGAUCUCCUCAACAAGUUUGUCUGCAAGAACAAUGGGGUCCUAUUUGAAAACCAGCUUCUCCAGAUUGGAAUAAAAUCAGAAUACAGGCAAAACCUGGGUCGAAUGUACCUGUUCUUUGGGAACAAGACAUCCGUCCAGUUCCUCAACUUCGCAGUGAAUGUUAGCUGUCCUGGAGAGCUGCAGAAUGAGCUGAAUCUUCAGGCUAAACCCGUGGAGCCCAUUGUGGAAGGUGGAGCACAGGUUCAGCAAGUGAUUAACAUCGAGUGCUUAUCUGAUUUCACCGAAGCCCCAUUGCUCAACAUUCAGUUCAGGUAUGGUGGAACCUUGCAAAAUAUCACCCUAAAACUGCCCAUAACUGUCAACAAGUUUUUCCAGCCAACAGAGAUGGCAUCCGAAGAUUUCUUUCAGCGUUGGAGACAGCUCAGCAGUCCCCAGCAGGAAGCUCAGAAGAUAUUCAAAGCUAAUCACCCCAUGGACACAGAGGUCACCAAGGCCAAGUUGAUAGGGUUCGGCACAGCUCUGCUGCAGGACGUCGACCCCAACCAUGACAACUUCGUUGGUGCAGGAAUCAUUCACACAAAAUCCAUCCAGGUUGGGUGCUUGUUGCGGCUGGAACCCAACAGUCAGGCACAGAUGUACCGCCUCACACUACGCACAAGCAAGGAGACUGUGUCGAAACGACUAUGUGGUUUACUGUCUCAACAGUUCUAAAGUCUCCUCCAUGUAAUCGAUCUCUUACACUAUACUGUGUCUGUGUGAGUCUGGGAGUGAGUGUGCGUACGUGUGUGUGCACGGGUGCAUGAAGGUCUUAUAUCCAUGCCACGUCCAGUGAAAUCUUCAAGUAUCAUGUGACGUCCUCUUAACUACAGUAUAUGUUUACGUGAUUGUUUUGUGGAGGUUUUCCUUCUGUUGCUAUUGUGGAGGGAUUUGGAAAGUUCUUUGGUACACGAGGCAUCAGACUGUGCAGUAGGUGGGCAGAGUUGGCAUCAGGCUACAGUGAAGUCGACGUGACCCCCUGGCAUAACUGCGUCCUGUGGUACAUCUCAGUCAAGGUGAUGAGGGGCAUUUAAAGAUUGUAAAUCUUUGCUGAAGCAGGGAGAGUCAGAUGAUCAUUAAUCUCAGAGUGAGAAUGAUGGCUCCUCCCUGCUCCUGUAUGCACACUGUACUGCGGCGACCCAGGUACAGACCAGGAUGUGACAAGAUGGCAGCUCCCUUCAGAAAUGGGGAUUGGGCAGUGUGCCCCUUUUGAAGUGCUUGGUGACUCCCACUACCCCACAGCUGAAUGUCCUAACAAGGUUGUCAAUGGAGAUAUAGGCAGGCUAUACUGCUUAAUGCCUAAUCUCCAGUGGGGAGUGACUGCUGUCAGAGAACGGGAGGAUUCUGAGCAGACGGUGUCCAGUAGAUGCAGGGUGCCUCACCAUUUUCACUUUCUCGCUGUCUUUACAGACCUCAAAAGGAGGUGAUGCCCGAAUACCAAAAGACUUGAUGUCCCAUCUCGCUGUUAAUCGAUAUAGUCAUUUCUUAUAUUAAAAAAAAUGUAUGAAGUAAUUGUAAAAUGUAUCUGUAUAUAACUCUUUCUUAGAGCUGGAUAGAAAUACCUGUACGACCAAGUUAGUCAGUGGUCUCUUAUGUUAAAUUUGCUGUUUCAAUGUCACCAUCGAAAGUUAAUGGGUGGGCAUUUUUUUUAUUUAACCUUUUGCUUAAGGUAUUGUACAUGCAAAAAGACUGGAACUUCCUGAAACUGUUCCCUUCUGCUCCUCCCUCUGAAACGCGCAUCAUCCGUUAGUAGUUUUUGAAAACACUCUGCUCUAUGCAACUACUGCCCCUUGUCAUCGUCACCUGCAAAUCCCAUUCUACAGACGCUUACACUUUUUUGCCCCCCUCUCUCUCUGUCUCUCUUUCUCUCUACUGGCAGCCAGCAUGAGUUCCACAGUGCUUGCUGUUAUGCAUGAAUACUUAAUAUUAUGGGAAUGAAAUGUGACAAUGGACUGAGUUGUUCUUUUUUCCCCACUAAGCCUGCUUUUAUUACCAGCGAUCAUUUUUGAAACAGUUCAGAGUCUGGAAGAUCCCAGGCACAACACUUGGAUUCGCACUAGAUAAAAUUAAUCUAAUAUAGUGUCUUUGACAGAGGGAGAUGGAGCAGGAAGGCAAAAUGCACAAUGAACAAUUCCCCCAUUCAAAAGGCUAAGUUUCUAACUUCUCAUCCCUCUCUGCUCCUGGCUCUACUUGACAUUUCCUACAUUUUUUGGGGACAUUAGGAUUGGCUUGCUCGUUAACCCCUGCCUCCACUUCUUUCAGCUUGCUACUUCAGUGGCAUUGUCUUGUAAAUGGUGGGCAAACUUGUGCUGUGCAACCCUAGAUUAGCUUUAACUUCUCUGCUAAUAAAGAGGAUCCCAUCUGCCUAAUGCCUGUACAUAAAACUAACUCGAGCAACUGGAUAACGUGGCAGUGGGGCUUCUUAGUGGGUGCUGUGCGAAAUGGAGGAAGCUUAUUCCUUUGCAAAGACUGAUUUCUAACGAUAGCACCAGUACGCUCCUGGGGGGUGGGUGGGGGGUGUAGGGAAACCAUGUUGAAUGUUCACUGUCAAGUGCUUUGGACCAAUAACUAAUGGAGUUGCUGUGACCUUGGAAACAAAUGCUUGUCAAAAUGUAACCUGCAAGGGAAAUACAAGAGAACAAAGGAUGUGAAUAAAACUCCAGCCUUGUCAUUACUGUGAAACAUGCACCACACCACUCCAGGCAAAAUUCUCAGUGUGUGCUCUAGGUUGCUUGUUGCGCAGCUGAAAGCUAAUCAAAGGAUUGUUAAUCUAAGCCUCUCACCUCUGCAGCAAGAACCUGAUCUCAGCAUGUUUAGCAUUAAACCUGCAGAAGGUGGAAGAACGUCUGGGGGGGAAAGAUGCAUUUCCCUGUUACUUGCGACUCCGCCUUCCCUCGAAGCUCCUGAAACAUACUCCCAGUUAAGUAAUAUUGUCCUUUACUGGGAUCAGAUCUGAUCAUGAGAACAAAACCCAGGCUAACCAUUCUUUGUUAACAUAGCGCUUAGCGUGACUAUCACAGCACAGGGCAUCCUUUUUAAGGGGUUUGUACAUUCUCCCCGGGGAAUGUCUGGCUUCCUUCCACAAGUCUAAAGAUCUACAAAUUAGUAGAUUAAUUAAUCAUUGUAAAUUGUUCCAUGAUAAGGCUAGGUUUAAAUGGGUGGCUUGUUGGUCAGUGUGGCUUUAAGGGUCGGGAGGGCCUGUUCUGCACUGUCUCUCUAACUAAAUACAAUUAAUGUUCUACAAGCACAGGCAUCACAGGACAAACUGCAGAGGGACCCUGAUGGUGGAAUUUACAGUAGUGACUGCAUGAGGUAACUUUAGAAUUACUUCUAAAUUGUCUUGAUUUUAGUAAACCGGCCACACCCCCCCCCCCCCAUCUUGUCCCAGAAUCAUCUGAUUGGUGAGUUGCGAAUACUUUCGGUAGAGUGCCAGGUAGUGCAGCUUACUAUUCUUCAGCUCCAGCAGACCUGUUCAAUCCAGACAUCUGGUGUUGUCAACAAAGGCUAUGUUCUUCCCAUAAGACAUGGGAGUAGAAUUAGGCCAUCUGGCCCAUUGAGUCUGCUCCACCAUUCCAUCAUGGCUGAUUAUUCCUCUCAACCCCUUCCCCUGCCUUUUCCCCAUAACCCUUAGCCCUCUUACUAAUCAAGAACCUAUCAACAUCGCUUUAAAUAUACCCAAAGACUUGCAGUCUGUGGCAAUGAAUAAAACAGAUUCACCACCCUCUGGCUAAAGUAUUUCUUCCUCAUCUCUAUUCUAGAGGAAUGUCCUUCUAUUCUGAGGCUGUGCCCUCUGGUCCUAGUCUCUCCCACGAUAGGAGAGUGUCCACUCUAUCUCGGCCUUUCAAUAUUCGAUAGGUUUCAAUGAGAUCCCCCUUAUAGCGUGGGUCCCACCGCACCCCCCCCCCCCAGUGCUCCAAUUUCCUUCCAAGGAGAUGCUGAUAGGUUGAUUGACCACUGGUAAAUUAACCCCAGCAUUGCUGAGUGGGGAGUUGAUCAGCAUGCAAGAGAAAAUAUAACAGGUAAGCGAGUGGAGGAUUGGGAUUGAGGGAUUGUUCCACGAGCUCACUUAGACUUGAUGGGCCAAAUGGCCUUUAAGAGAAAUAGUCUCUGAGUUCUGCACCCCAGAGGAUAUGGCCAAGUACAAGUCAUGACAGAUUGAUAGAUGCUUCGAUACUCAGGUGGUAUUGGAUCCCGAUGCGUUUGUUAUGGAAAUUAACAAUGAGACAUGGAACUUGUUGCCUAAGAUAGUUUUGCUGAGCCUUAAAGGAAACGGGAGAAAUAUAGUGUGUGAGAGAGAGAAGAGAAGAGCAGAGGAAGAGAGCCCAGGGAAAAGAGUGAACAAAAAUGGUUUCAACUUCUUGUAUCAGAUACUGAUUCCAUAGAAAUUCCAACUGAUAACAGUUAACCAUUUAAAUAAUGUGACACCGGUCACUGAAUCCAAGAAGUUUCCAGAAAAGUACAGAAGCAACUAUAACUACUGGAAAAACUCACUGAACAAUCACGUGGAUAUAGGUGAUUAUAUAAAAAUACAAACAAGCUUAAGAAAGUUAAACUACAAGGAAAUUAACAUUAUGCAACCCUAUCCACCAUUGGGGAAGGCAGAGUUGGUGUCAUUAAGCCAAGAUCUCAUUGAAUGGUGAAGCAGGAUCGAUGGGACACAACAGUUUUUUUGUGUUCUCGGUAAGGUGAACAGACAAGCUAUAUAAUGGACAUUAGGGCAGCCAGUCUUUCGGUGCUUGAAGAAUGAUUUCCUCCUCCGUAAACUGGACUAAUCUGUCAAGAAAUAUGAAGAGCACUGAACGUAAUGCCAUCACCAUAGAAGCAGUUCCACUGUAACUGGAUUCUGAUCUAUAGUACAACCGCUUCAUUUCAGAGUCAUACUUUAUUGAUCCCGGGGGAAAUUGGUUUUCGUUACAGUUGCACCAUAAAUAAUAGUAAUAGAACCAUAGAUAGUCAAAUAGUAAUAUGUAAAUUAUGCCAGUAAAUUAUGAAAUAAAUCCAGGACCAGCCUAUUGGCUCAGGGUGUCUGACCCUCCAAGGGAGGAGUUGUAAAGUUUGAUGGCCACAGGCAGGAAUGACUUCCUAUGACGCUCUGUGCUGCAUCUCGGUUGCCCACCUUAUCCCUCAAAACAUUUUGUGAGGAAUUUCUCUCU